AUGUACUCCGACUCUGCUCCCGCCGCCGACCCUUACAACGAAGCGUACAGUACGGAGCCACCGCCGCCCACGGCCGGGCCUACCGCCGAUUCGCGCGACCGAGACCUUCCUCCUGCGAGAGGGCGUUCCCGUUCUCGGAGUCCUCAACGGUCCUCGAGCUACCGCAAGUCGCCGCCUCCUCGCCGCCCGCCGCACGCGCCCAUUCAGGCGCCCAAUCCCUCCAACGUGUUGGGGGUCUUCGGAUUGAGCAUCCGCACUACCGAGCGUGAUCUAGACGACGAGUUCAGCCGGUUUGGUCGCGUUGAAAAGGUGGUGAUUGUGUACGACCAGAGGUCAGACCGUUCGCGUGGUUUUGGGUUCAUCACUAUGUCCACCACAGAAGAGGCCACCCGUUGUAUCAAGGAGCUUAACGGUGUGGAACUGAAUGGCCGACGUAUUCGUGUUGACUAUUCGGUCACUGAUCGCCCACACGCCCCCACCCCCGGGGAGUACAUGGGUCACAGACGUCGUCGAGGCCGCGACUCCUACUCUGGCCGGGAUAAUGAUCGCUACGAUGACAGAGACCGUCGUGACCGUGACCCGUACAGGAGCCGUUACGACCGCGACGAGCGGGACCGUGAUCACUACGGCAGGGACAACAGGGAUUGGCGUGAUCGCCGCAGCCCACCUCCUCGGUCGCGCUACUCACCGGAGUAUAGAAGGCGCAGGAGCUACUCGAGGAGCCCCCCGAGGGGCAGUAGCCCCACUCGCGCUCGGGAUUAUGACGCUCCGUCUUCCAGCGCUCUGCCUGCUAAUGGCAACGGGGACUCUCGCUGGUGA